AGUGAGGGAGUAACAGAGAGAGAGAGAGAGAGAGAGAGAAAUACUCGUAGUGAAGGAGGCUGAGGGUGAGGCUGUGCUGAAGCAGCUGCUGGACGAACAGUAAAGAGCUCCUCCAGUCUUCUUCAGCUCUCAGUGAUGCUCGCGCCGCCGCCUGUGAACCUGCCGUAGUGAACGAGAACAGUACUGGUACUCUACACACUGAGUUCUCCUGGUCACAUUAGUCCUCUCAGACGCUGUUAAUGAGGAGCUGAAUAAUUGAUUAAUGAGGAGUUCUACAUGAGUAAGACUUUGACGAGGAGACACUCUCUCUUUCUCUCUUUUCCUCUCUUUCUCUUUCUUUCUCUCUCUCUUCUCCUUGGUCAUGGCUCCUCCUCCACUCGUCCCUGUCCUCCUCCUGCUCCUCCUCUCUGUGCGGUUGUGUGUGUGCAGUCAGAACAGCAGCUGCAAUCAGAAGGUGGAGUGCAGUGACGGCAUUAUUCUCCCUGUAUGGAUGCCCAAAAACCCCCCGCUGGCCGAGCAGAUCGCCAGGGCCAUCAUCUACUUCCUGUGUCUGCUUUACCUCUUCCUGGGUGUCUCCAUCAUUGCUGACCGCUUCAUGGCUGCCAUCGAGGUCAUCACCUCACAGGAGAAGGAGGUAACAAUUACAGGUGCAAAUGGAGAGAAGACGGUAGCAACGGUGCGGAUUUGGAAUGAAACAGUCUCCAAUCUCACACUGAUGGCCCUCGGCUCCUCGGCUCCCGAGAUCCUGCUGUCAGUUAUAGAGGUGUGUGGGCAUGGAUUUGAGUCGGGUGAGCUGGGUCCGGGCACCAUCGUGGGCAGCGCUGCUUUUAACAUGCUAGUCAUCAUUGGGAUUUGUGUGUGGGUGAUUCCUGAUGGUGAGUCGAGGAAGAUCCAACAUCUCAGAGUCUUCUUCAUCACCGCUUCCUGGAGCAUCUUUGCCUACAUAUGGCUCUACCUCAUCCUCGCUGUCAUCUCCCCUGGGAUUGUACAGGUGUGGGAAGCACUGGUCACGCUGCUGUUCUUCCCCCUGUGUGUUUUAAUGGCGUGGAUUGCAGACCGUCGACUCCUGUUCUACAAGUACAUGAAUCGCAGUUACCGAGCAAAAAAACGCAAUGGCAUCAUCGUGGAGACGGAGGGCGAGCUGUCACCUAAAGGCAUUGACAUCAUCAUGGAUGGCAAAUACCAAGGCAACCCCAACAGCUCCACCAGCAACUCCACCUCAAACAUCAUCAACAUAGAGUCCAACAAAGAGCCUGAGCAGGACCGAGAGGAGGUCAUCCGGAUGCUGCGGGACCUUCGCCAGAAACAUCCAGAUAAAGACCUGGAUCAGCUGAUUGAAAUGGCCAGUUACUCCACCCUGCAGAAGCAGCCGAAGAGCCGGGCGUUUUACCGAGUUCAGGCCACGCGCAUGAUGAUCGGAGCUGGGAAUGUGCUGAAGAAACACGCGGCGGCAGAACAGGCAAAACGAGCGUCUUCCAGCGGCCCCCUAGACGACCUGGCCACCUGCGCGCAUGUGUCUUUCGAGCAGAUGCAGUACCAGUGCAGUGAGAACUGUGGAGAGGUCAGCCUGUGGGUCGCACUGCUGGGUGGCAGCGGCACUAAAACGUUUCAUGUGGAUUACAGGACAGAGAACGGUUCAGCCAGCGCUGGAACAGACUUUCAGUACUGCGAGGGGACGCUGGUGUUUCAACCUGGAGACACGAGGAAGGAGAUAAAGGUGGGUAUAAUAGAUGAUGAGGUUUUUGAAGAGGAUGAACAUUUUUUUGUUCGUUUAUCAAACCUGCGAGAAGAGGGUGGAGACAGCACAGAUGGAGCACGGUUGGUGGACCCACUGGUUACCACAGUCACGAUCCUGGAUGAUGAUCAUGCAGGAAUCUUCUCAUUUGGGCAGAGGGAAAUGCAGGUGGCUGAGAAUUCAGGCAUUGUAGAGAUUCCGGUUAACCGGAAUUCGGGAGUCCGUGGAACAGUGACCGUGCCAUAUCACACCGAGGACGGGUCUGCGCGUCAGGGAGUUGACUAUGAGUUUGUACAAGGAGAGCUGGAGUUCACCAACGAACAAACCUGUAAGACAUUACAGGUGCGUAUCGUCAAUGUCCAGGAAUAUGAGAAAAGGGAAAACUUCUACAUAGUCCUUGAAGAACCCCGGUGGCUCAAGAGAGGGAUUUCAGAUUUGCUGUUAAAUCAGGGUACUCCUGCCCCAGAGCUAGAGGAGGCGAAGAAAAUAGCUGAGAUGGGGAAGCCUGUGCUAGGGGAGCACAGCAAGCUGGAGGUCAUUAUAGAGGAGAGCAUGGCCUUCAAGAUCCGGCAGGGAAUGGCACCCAAUGGAACAUUAGACCCGGUACAGGAGGCUUCGUCCCUCCGCAUGAGACGUGGAUUGAAUACUGUAGAUCGUCUGAUGAAGGACACUAACCUUGCAGAAGUAAUCGGCACACACUCUUGGAAAGAGCAGUUUAUCGAGGCUAUCACUGUCAGUUCAGGGGAGGAGGACAGUGAGGAAGGGGCGGAGCCACGGCAUCCGUCCUGCUGUGAUUACUUCAUGCACGUUAUGACAGUGUUCUGGAAGGUUCUGUUUGCAUUUGUUCCUCCAACGGAGUACUGGAACGGCUGGGCAUGUUUCAUCGUAUGCAUACUGGUCAUCGGUUUCCUCACCGCCAUCAUUGGGGACCUGGCCUCACACUUUGGUUGCACCGUUGGCCUCCGUGACACUGUCACUGCUGUGGUGUUCGUCGCCCUGGGAACCUCUAUACCAGACACCUUUGCAAGUAAAGUGGCUGCAGUUCAGGAUCAGUAUGCUGACGCCUCAGUGGGGAACGUAACCGGUAGCAAUGCUGUUAACGUGUUUCUGGGAAUCGGCGUGGCCUGGUCCAUCUCCGCUGUGUACUGGGAGGUCAAAGGUCAGGCGUUUAAGGUGGACCCGGGCUCACUGGCCUUCUCCGUCACGCUGUUCACCAUCUUCGCCUUCAUCACAAUGGCCGUGCUGAUGCUGCGGCGACGACCCGCAGUAGGCGGAGAACUGGGAGGACCAAAAGCCUUCAAGAUUCUGACAACCAUGCUCUUUAUUGGCCUCUGGCUGCUGUACAUCACAUUCUCCAGUUUGGAGGCAUACUGUCACAUCACAGGCUUCUGAGGAAUGCACCCAUAUGUUAAGGGAGCACAGUAUAUCUCUGAUUGAUCAUUAUAACUAUAUUGACCUUUCAAAUACCAAUACAAAUAGUGCAAAACAGAGAUUAGCUCUCUAACCAAUCACAGUGUUUUGCUGUGUGCUUUGACCAAUCACAGUUGUUACAUAUUUACACAGAUAUUUAAGAGUCUUUCACCACUAAUGGCGUUUAGGUGAUUUAACAUACACAAAUAAUUUCAGUAACAAAAAAAGGUAAAUGUUUCUUUUUUGGGGGCCAUAUUAAAUUUGGGGCUUUUUUGAAGGCCAUGUCCUUAUAUUUUAAUAUAUAGUAUAUUUAUAUUAUAAUUAAGUGAUAGCAUAAAAUGUGUGUGGUUUUGUGUACAGAAAAAUACAUAAUUCGUUUGGCCAGUUCUAAUCUUACUUUUUUCAUUACAUCGACUAUAUGAUAUAUGAACCAUGUUCUAUUUGGUUUCCCUUGGUGCUGUCCCUUAUUUAAAAACAGUACAGACUGAAGUGCUACUCCACUGUAAAUGGAUUGGGGUAAACAGCUGCACUCUAAAUAAGUACAAAUCCACUGCUCACACUGCUUUUGCUAAGGUUCCAUAUAGUCAAAUAAAAAGGUCAGUAACUUAGGCAUCCCUGGUUAAAAUGUCUGCUACUGUUAUACCUAAUUAUGUUAUUUAUUUUAAUUAUGUGAUUAGUGAUAUUGGUAAAUUAAGUCCUUAAUAUGCCUUGUCCCGUAUACAGGCUACAUGUGUAGGUGAUACAAAACCCUUUUUCUGCUGUAAAAAGGUUAUUUACAUUCUGAAAAUUUAAGGGCUUUGAAAUCUCCAACAGGUUACUUGGGCUGGACGCUGCCUGUUUUCUCUCUACUUCACUUAAUAAUUCCAGAUCAUUAACAGGAAUCAACCCCAUGUUUGAAAAUAAACGUGAACACUAGACAAACAUAACAAAACUAAAGGUUUGAACUUACAUGAACUGUUUGAUUAAUAUUGAGGAAAAUAUUGAUUUUAAAAAGAAGUUCAGGAAAGAGCCAGUGUAAUGAUUUUAUUCAUUAUAUUUUUACAUUAGCAGAUUUUCUCACAUUUUUAUAUUUUUUAUUACAAUUACAAUUAUGCUUUUCAGGAAUGUUCCUUAUCAAUCAUGAAAGCUUUUUAUGUAACGCUUGAAUAAAAAUCCUUGAGAUUUAGUGGUGUGAUAUCAGGCAGACAACUGACAAAAAUCCUGGCCUGUUAAAAGGUUAAACAAAGAUGUCAACCAAACAUGUGGUCAUAUUAUGCCCAAACAUUAGAGCUGAUUGAUAUGGACAAAGUACCAUAGUGUGAUUAUUUUGUUAUAUAUCAACAUAUCCUUUGCAGUGUAUUAAAAUAUAUUGCUCAACCUCGAUGUUAAAUAGUUAACCAUUGGACUGAAAACAGAAACACUGAUCUAGAGCUGUGAUUGGUCAGGAUGGACAGGGCAAACCCUGUGAAUAGUUAGGGGGCAAUAACAGAAAUUCAAAAUGCUGAUAAUGCCCCAACAAGUAGCGGUGAUCAAACAUGUACCCUCAAAACACAUGGUAAUACCUAAUAUCACCCUCACACAUACGAAUAACAUGAAAAAAACGUAAUUGAUUUAUACAUUUAUGAACAUGAAUUGGCACUAUGAAAAACAGACAAAAAGAAUAUUGGCUAAGCAAUGUAUACUUUGGUGGAACAUUCUUAGGGGCAGUAAGAUCACAUGGCAGUUGGACAGGUCAGUAGGCAAUUACUUGACAGAUUUGCACACAGUGAUCUUAGAUUGAGAGAUUAAUAGUUCUGCAUAAUUGAAAAAGAUUGACUUGGACUGUAUUCCUUAGUAAAUUGAUGGGGUGAUAAACUGUGAACUUUUGACUUUAAUCCUGCACCCCAUUGAAUCAACACUGAGAUGGACAAGACGUGCUAUGCCAUGUUCAGGGGGAAUUUCCCUCUGAUUUAUAUCCUGCUCUACAUGGACAUCCAUCAGUCUGUCUUCACAAGAGAAACCAAGUCAUUCGCAUGAGAACUGAACACUGGUAGUGUCACCAAAGGGCUCAUGACACAAUGAAGGAAAGGCCUGAGUGAUGAUUUAUUCCAUUACUGACACUACUUAUAUAAUAUAAUUAUAGUAUUUAUUCAUUGAAAUGGAUGUAUCACUGUAAAUGUUUCAUUAUUAACUAAUGGUCAUACUGAGUAAAAACAUACACAGAAAAAGUGUGCCUCAUGUUGCAGCUGUUAUAUUCACAGGUAUAUUCAUGUAACUCAAACAGCCAAGUUGAAGACAGUUAAUUCACUUGUUUUCUGAAUGCACUGUGUAGCUUUUCUUUUCACUUGAAAUGAAAUACUUGAUUAAUGUUUCAUAAUAAAUUCAUAAACUAUA